AUGACACAUUUACGACCCUGCCUCCGAGACUAUGGCGGGGAGUAAUUAAUUUAGAUUCCCGAUAACGCAAAUUGCUGCCCAUGAGAACAUUUGGCGUCACCGACCUGUAUCACGCACUGACGUACGGUGAAGUCACCCUGUGGAAAGUGCAUCGGCUGCACUAAAAACAAGAAGUAAUCCUGUAGUUUCAAGAGUGGCGCGCGCUAAGCGGCACAAUGGCCAAACACCCCGAGAAACCCAUCGUGCACUACGGCGUGCCAGAGUGGUGCAACAACAACGAGGAGUUGUCUGCCACCGCAGAGCUUGAACGCCAUCUUUCAAACAUCAUCCGCCAAGAGAGCAGGUCGCUCCGCAAUGACACCGACUGUAAGACAAACUGGGAUGAAAGCGACACCUCCCGCAUGCUGAGGGAUCGGGUCUGGGAAGUUUCAAGAUGUAAGGAGCUGCUCGUGACCUGCGCGCAGCAAGUGGAUGACGAGAUUGACGCUCUGACACUGUCUAAAACCCGGACCGAGGAGACCUUGGCUGCCACCGCUGUUCCCCACGAGGUCACCAUGGAGAGCCUCACCCUGAGGGAGGGGCGGCAAGGAUUUGAGCUGGUCAACGACCCCGUCGAAAAGGAGCUGAAACAAGAGGUGCACGUCAUCGAAAAAGUGCAGCAAGCCCUGCAGAACCACAUCGACCGAGCGUUCGAGCAGCUCGUGAUUUUGCAGAAAAUUCGACAGCAGCUGACCGCUGACAUCCAGAACAAGAUGGAAACUCUGGAUAUUGAUAAUACGUGUCUGGCACUCACGAUAACGUCACCCCAGAUCUCCCUGAAGCCGGACCCCACUCGAAUACCUGCCGGUUCAUGCACACCGCACGAGUGGAUCAAGUUCACCCAGUUGAAUUUGGCCCGGGCCCGUGAAGCGAUGGAGAUGUCCGAGCAGAUGAGGGAGGACAUGAGCCUCACCAGAGUCAACCUGCAAAAUGAGUUGAAGACCCAGCAGAGAGCCACAGAGUUUGCGCUGCGCAAGCGCAAUCAUCAAGAGCAGCAGGCUUGCCGCGAGCUCGAGUGGCAACUGAAAAACACCGAAGAUGAGAUAGCAAACAUGGAAAACGACAUAUCCAAGCUGGAUGCAGAUCUGCGGGCAAAGGCGGCACCAAUGAAGCUCGCCCACACGCGGCUGGAGAACAGAACCUGCCGACCCGGCAUGGACCUCUGCAGAGAUGAGGCACAACGUUGUCUUGUUGACGAAGUGAACCAGCUGCAGGCUACGAUUGCCAUUUUGAAGGAGAAGCUGUGUGAAUCACAGCACUCGUUACAGAGGCUGAAGCUGCAUCACAACCAAUUGAUGCAGGAUCAUUCGCGGAAACGUGAAUCUUUGGCCCUGGAGCAGCGUUGCAUCAACAUCCGCAGCCGCCUCAUCCCGAUACUGUACGACGACGACACCCCAGUACCGCUGCUACUACUCACCAGCUCGAGCGGGAGGAGCAGGAAGCACCUUGAAGCGCAGUAGGAUUUGGGUUUUUGCCAUUGGCAUUGCACUCAAAUAUUUAUUACGUCAUUGACAAGACAUUUAAAAAAAAAAAAAAGUACAUCUUAAAUACUUCAACUAUGCAGUGCUGUCAAUAUCUUAAAGGACCCUUUUCAAUUUACUGUAGAUGUUGAGUGUUCACGGGAAUUGUUUUUAAAUGUAUUUCUGGCAACUGAGCGCGCGCAUCCAAGGCUCACUCACGUUUGUUACUUUUGUUGGCCGUUAUCGUUAACGGCGAUCUUUCUCUUUGUCGUAAUGUUUGAUUGUCUGACGCUGUUUACAGGAUGAAGAUUAUGAUGUGAAUCCGCACGCCCGGUUACUGUAUAUACUAUACAUAAUACUUAAAUGCAGGUAUGUAAGCAUACAGUAUGCUUAAAAAAAAACAAGGGGGUAGAUAUUAAAAAGGUAACUAAUUAGUAUAUUUUCAAACUGCUGUAUUUUGAUGAAGAUAUUGCAGUGUUACAAUACUAAAAAACUGUUCUUAGUGUUAGUCAUAAUGAGUGAUAAUAUUAAUUGAAUUUUUCCUGAAGGUAUUGAGACGAUCUCGGACCACACACAAUAAAAAUAGAAUGUGGUUAGGGCGGCACGGUGGUUCAGCUGGAAAGCGUUGUCCUCACAGUUCUGAGGAUCCAGGUCCGAUCCCGCCCCUCCCAGUGUGGAGUUUGCAUGUUCUCCCCCAUGCCUGCGUGGGUUUUCUCCAGGCACUCCGGUUUCCUCCCACAUCCUAAAAACAUGCGACAUUAAUUGGACACUCUAAAUUGCCCCUAGGUGUGAUCGUGAGUGCGGCUGUUUGUCUUGUGCCCUGCGAUUGGCUGGCGACCAGUUCAGGGUGUACCCCACCUCCUGCCCGUUGACAGCUGGGAUAGGCCAACCCUUGUGAGGAUAAGGGGCAAAGAAAAUGGAUUAAUGGAAUGUGGUUUACUGGAACUUUCUAAAUGUGCUCCCAAAAUUAAAUGCAACACUUGUAACGUUGGGUUCAUUUCAGCUUACGACGGUGUUGUUACAACACAGUCAUUAAUCUACGGUAGGCGAAAAGGAUCCACGUCAGUUUUAAGUUUGGACCUCAAACUAGUUGAAGCCGUGUUUUGAAGACCGACAAGGAUUUUCCUGGAAAAACGUUUCUCGCUAUCUGCCAUUCUGCUCCAAUAA